AUGGCGCCCGCCAGCAAUAAGCGCAAGCGACCCGACCGGCAAGCAAACGAAGACGAUGGCGCGAACCGACCGUCUCCCUACAAGCCCGAGAAGUCGCGCUUGACUCGUCGAGCCUCUCAAGAUCCAGGGCAAGCCGAUGGUAUAGAAUCAGGAAGCCCCGUCGAGCAGCGAGAGCGCCCUACGAACGGCACGCCGCCGCCCGCAAUGUUAGUCGCAUCAUACAUACCACCAUGACCGGGCGACCGCCAUGGGAAGAGAUAGUGGACAAGCUGACUCGAGGACUCUCUUCAGAUCAAAUUCUCGUGAUGGUACUGAAACACCUGCGCACGCAAUGGACGCAUCCUCCGAGGGACCAACGGGCACGCACACAGGAUCCCAAUCUAGCACGACAGGCUCAAGACCGAAGCAACCGUAUUCUUACCAGCACCUCACGGAUGACGUGUUGUCCAAUUGGACCGAGUCCGGGAGCCAGGGCAUCAUCAAUACCACUACGCAAUUGGAUGACUUGCAAUUGAGCGACAUCUUUUUAGAGCUGAUUCGGUCCGCCUUAGACGGCAGGCUCAACAGCCGGCAGGCAGGAUUGACUGUACGGGAAAUUAUCUCACGUCGGCAGGCCGGUGAUAUGGAUGCUACCGAGCUUUUCCUCAAUACCGUCAUGUUACUCUACGAGGCCAACUACAAAGGCCCUCAGCUGCGGGAACUUCUUGCAGCUACGGCCAUUGACCAGCAGAAGAUGCGCGAAGAUCUCGAUCUGGGUGCCGUGAUCAGCCUUGGACUGGUGCGACCAACCUUUGAAAAGAUCCGCACGCGAAAGACGACCAAUGCGCUCUACCGGCAGGCCAACUUCAACUUGUUGCGCGAGGAAAGUGAGGGUUAUGCUAAGCUCAUCACGGAGUUCUUCAACACUGCACAAGAAGCUAGCAGUCGUGGUCCAGUUGGACCCAACAUGGCUGAGGAUGCUUUCCAGCGCGUGAAGGCACUGGUGGGUGCCUUUGACUUGGAUGUCGGGAGAGUUCUGGAUAUCACUCUGGACGUCAGCGCAAACCUACUUGUCAAGGCAUAUCCGUUCUUUGUGAAGUUCUACCGCGCAAGCUCUUGGUGGCCACAAAACAACCUUCUGGAUAAUAAUUUCAAGUGGGAUGACUAUGGAUUCAAAGCCCUGCCGUCAUGGGCAUUACCUGGGUCCGGCCGAUUCAGCCAGAGCGAUGACGAGCGUGAGAAGCUUGAUCAACUAAGAGAGUCUCGGGACGCUCGAUUCUGGGACAAUGUGCGACAAACCGGAAUGGACGCUUACUUCCACCUUGGCGCUCGGCAGAUCGUCGACUUCGACUCCAUGGCCCCUUCACUUCAGGAAGAGGUGCCUCCAGAGUACGACAACAAGGGAGCAGAGGUUAAUGCGAACAAGCGCCAUCGACUCAACGAGGACAAGGUGUACAUGCGCGAGACACGCUGCUUGCCACCACCAGGCAACUACGAUGCCGCACAGCUACUCGGAUUCAAGUUGCGAUUUUAUGCUUCUGAAGCUCGCGACAAAGAUGACAGGCUUCCCGAAAAUCUACCAUGGCUUGCUGCUCUGCUGAUCAAGAUCGGUUUCAUAUCCAUCCGGGAUCUCUACCCUCAUCUCUACCCCACAGAUAAGGAAAUGCCGGCAGAGAGAACCCGACUCGAGAAGGAAAAGGCUGAGAAGGAAGCCAAAGAGCGCCCGGGUGGCGGCGUGAAUGCCCUGUUAAUGGCCGGUGCACUGACAGAUGACACGCUGCCAGCUCCACGACGCAUUGAAAAAGACAAGAGUGGAGGCGCAACGCCUGCUCAAGAGAAGAACGACGAGCCAGUAGAGAACUUGAAGAUUCCUGAGAACCAAAAGAUCCUACUGUUGAAGGCCCUCCUUCUUAUAGGUGCCUUGCCCGAGGCUCUGUACAUUCUUGGCCGCUUCCCGUGGCUACCUGAGGCCGACUACACCAUUCCGCCUCUGUUGCAUCGCCUAGCCAGACACAUGCUGAGCAAGGUUGCUGAGUCUCUGCAUCCCUUGAGAAGCCACGAAGGCUUACGACAACCUGCAGAACAGUUAGCAGAAACAGUCUCGCGCUCUGAUGGCGCUCUCCUCUUUGGGCCCCGGCCAUCGAAGCGCGUAACCCGUUGGCUGUAUGGCGACGAGUUCUCAACAAAAGACGGCAUCGACAUGCGGCACUAUUACGGGGACUGGUGCGGUAAUAUUCCGGUCUGUCAGAAUCUUGACGAUGUCUUCAGUCUCUGCGAUACCUUUCUGGGAUAUCUUGGAGCUAAGAUUGGCCAGGAUGUCAUCCUCUAUGGCACAUUGCUGCGACUCGCGCAACACAGCCUGGGAGAGGACGACUCCGAGAGCAAUCGGGCUCGCUGGCUGGCAUUGAUGAAGCGCCUUCUAGUCCCUGCUCUCAGCUGCAGCAAGCACAACCCCGAGCUCGCGCGGCAAGUUCAUGAGCUUUUAAGCUUGUUUCCGACCUCUACCAGGUACUACCUCUAUGCGGAAUGGUUCACUGGCAAGACUUCCAGACAGCCUGAUGUUCGUGCCGCUUUCGACAAGAACAAGGCGGAGGUUCGUGAUGUUCUUCGCCGCGUGUCAAAUGAUUCGGUUAAGAAGCAGUCACGCGCACUCGGCAAGAUCUCGCUUUCCUCACCCGGUAUCGUGAUGAUGGAGAUGAUCAACCAGCUCGAAAGCUACAGCAAUAUGAUACCGAGCUUGGUCGAUUGUACCAAGUAUUUCUCCCCCCUGGCCUGGGACGUCCUGAACUGGGCCCUUCUCAACUCUCUUAGUGGCAUGGGUCGCGACAGGAUGCAGGCAGAUGGCAUGCUUACGAGUCCUUGGUUACAAGCCUUGGCACAAUUUGUGGCAUCGCUGUUCGCGAAGUACAGCCACCUCAGCCUAUCCCCCAUUCUUCAGUACCUUGCGUCGGAGCUCCGUGUCGGCAAUUCAACAGACCUGGAACUACUGGAGCAAGUGCUUGCUGAGAUGGCUGGUAUCCGAUCUGACGUGGAAUACAACGAUUCUCAAGUCUUGUCAAUGGCAGGUGGAACGACGCUCCGGACUCACGUCUUGUCGCAGUUAUCUGAUAGCAGACAUGCCAAGCAGGCGGAAGCUGGUCGGCUCAUGAGAGCUUUGCGAGGCUCAGGGCUUAUUACACAGUUCCUAGUCGCCAUUGCACAGGAGCAAAAGAUCUAUCCCCACCACAACGCCUCCCGUUUCAUGCCGCUAAAAGUACUGGGCAACAACUUGGACAAGGUAUCAGCAGUGUUUCAGCAGUACCUCGAAGUGCUCACGACAAACUUGGACGCGCGUAAAUUUGAGCAAUCUGUCCCAGAUGUGUCUAGUCUGGUGGGAGAUUAUGGCCUCGAUCCUUCAACUGCUCUUACCAUCCACCGAACAGCCAUUCAGAGUCGUGCGCUUGAGUUCGAUGCUGCGAAGAAGAACGAAUCAGACGCUCGGAAAAGUGCGACUAAGAGAGAAUCAUCUGGGGCCAAUGGCGAUACGCUCGUGAAAGAUGCAAUCGCUGCUGUGAAAGAGGGAGGUGAACAGCCUUCUGCUGACACGGAAUCCGCGAUUGAACCGGAUGGCGGAACUCCACACAACAAUGAGACUGGCACUGGAGACCUUCAAAAUUCGUCGUCUCCAUGGCACCCGGUCCGAGAGCCUAUCAUACAUCAACUGGAGGCCGUUGUGCCAGAGCUGGCAAGUCGCGUCAGCAUCCCCUUCUUUGUCACUUUCUGGACGUUGGCACUGGGCGACAUCCUGAUGCCAAUGGAAAAUUACCAGACUGAGGUCACGAAACUCGAAUCUCAGAUCAGCGAAAUCAAUAGCGACAGAUCUGAUUUAUCCAGUGCCGCGACAAAGGCACGUGACAAGAGGAAGAAAGACUUGGCAGAAACGAUCGAAAAGCUCAAACGCGAACCAAAGGAACAUUUGAAAAUCUACAUGGCCAUCAGAGAACGAAUCGGUGGUAAAGGCGACGGCGAGAGGACGGCUGAGAAAUCAUUCUGGUUCCCAAAAACUGAUGUGAGAGCUGAGAUUGACGCCAAACACCUGGGUUUGCUGCAAGAGUGUUUUCUCCCUCGAGCAUUGAUGUCGUCUGUGGAUGCUCAGUUCUCCUUCGAAAUGCUGAAAUUUGUUCACAGCACGGGCACACCAGGAUUCAGCCUCAUGCAUCUACUCAACCAGCUCUUCAAGAAGAAGCAGAUCGCGUCGCUCAUCUUUCAGUGCACUGCAACUGAGGCACAGCAUCUGGGGCGCUUUCUCUGCGAGCUACUCAAAUAUUUGAAAGAAUGGCAUAAGAAUCAGGGCAAGUACGAGAGCCAGGCGCUCGGUGACAAGAAGAAACUGCCAGGCUUCGCGAUUUCACUCGACGAGCAUGGAGAACCCAAGAUGGUUCUCGAGUAUGAGAACUUCCGCCGGAUGCUUUACAACUUCCAUGCGCAUCUUAACCACGAUCUGCAAGCCUGCUUCGAAUCGGACGAGUACAUGCACAUCCGCAACGGCGUCAUUGUCUUGAAGGCGAUUUCUCCAAUCUUCCCAAACAUCAAGUUCAUCGGCCAGAACAUGGUUAAGCAUGUUACCAAGAUUUCGACCAACGACUCGAGGCAGGACCUAAAACUUGCAGCCACAUCUCUCCUUGGGCCACUGAGAAGCCGUGAGAAGGACUGGGUGUUGCCACAGGCAUUCCGACUUAACGACCCGGCCAAAGAUGGGGCAAAGUCAGGCAGUCGAGCACCUUCCGCACGGCCUGAGACUCCUCAAGCGGGUACAAACACACCGAAGCUCAACGCUUCAGCUCCCGACUUCAAGCCUACCUCAGCUCCAGCGGUCAAUGGCGUUGCAAGAACUGGAUCCGCCGCCGAAGAUGGAGAGAUAGAAGAUGAAAAGGGCGCGCUGAGCAAAACCAAGGACGUCGAAAUGAAGGAUGCUCCCACAACGUCCAUGGAAAAGUCGGUUGUGGAUAGUGGAAGACCCGCGCGUCCAGACUCCCGGGCCAGCCAGCAAGUGCCUUCGAAAGAAGCAUCUAAGCCGGAGUCGAAGCCGACGACACCUGCGCCGGGCAAUCCGCGAGCCUUCCACGCUGCUGGUCAACAACGAGCCGAUUCGACACGAGUCGAUUCAACACGAGCCAACUCUGCUCAACCUGGACCAACGCGAGCUCACCAUGACCUUCCUUCACGCCCAGAGUCUGGCCACUUCAAGCCACCGCCAGCUGCACAAACACGAGCGGGUGGACGCUAUUCCAAUCGCGAUGAGCAGUAUGGCAGACUUGACCGCCCAGACAUGAGGCCAGGCUCUCGCGAGCAAUCACCUGGUCAUCGCGGUCGCGCCAGAACUCCGCCCCCUGGUGGACCUGUUGGAUCUCGCGGGUACCGUGACGAGAGGCCCUACGACCGCCAGUCUGACCGGCCACCGUAUGACAGUCGAACUCCUCGUGAUGAUUCAUACUUGCAUCCUCGUCGCGAAGCGUCUCUCCAGCAGCGGCCCUCUUCCGAUUUGCGGGAGCGGUCAACGCCAACAAAUCGGGCCUCUGAAGUUAUCACGCAUCCUGACAGAAUGAGCCAUAUCCAAUCCGUUGCAGUGACAUCUGAGAAUCUACCGGCGCGCUCAUCCCCAUCGCUCGCUACUGGUUCCCAGCAGCAGCAGCCUGAGGAUCAGUCUCAGAUUAACCCAGCGCGAUUAGCAUUAAUCAACGAUGGGCCAGGCUCACGGGGCAGAGAGCCACGCAACGAGCGCCGCGAACGCGAUGAGCGGAAUGCACCGGGCUUCGGAUCGCGUUCAGAGGCCAGACCAAGCGGCAGAGGUCUGCCGGAAUCCGGACGAGAGCCUGGAAGCCGACAACAGCAACCAGAUCUCGCGCCGACUGGACCGAAACGUGGGAGAUUGCAGGAAGAGUCAAACUAUGGGCGUCUGAACGGACCGCAGGAUGCGCCAUCUGGGCCUAGGCAGCCAAAUGGGCUACCCGGAAGAGGUCGAAACUUCACGGCGCCUGUCAAUGCUCGCGCAGUGGAGCCUGCUGCACCUUCGCCAACGACCAGCAGACCGCUCGAGUCACCCACUAUUCCACGAGGUCCUUCCCGGCAGAACACUGGUCCUGCUUUGCAGGCAGACCGCAAUAAUGCGCCCAGCUCUGCACCAAGUACUCCGGCGGGCGAAGGACCUCCAGUCCACCCAAGUAGGGCUGCGCAAUUCGGACAGCAUCAACCAUCCCCUAUACAAACCACAUUUCCAGCCCCAAAUGGUCCCAGAAAUGCCGGUUCUCCCACGACCGCACCCCCGUCUGGGCCUCGCGGGCCAGCUCGUCCUGGCCCACCAAGUGGCACGCCUACGGGACCGUCACCGGCGAAUACCAUUCCUCCGUCUGGGCCUGCUACCCCGGCUGAGAGACAGAGACGGGAAGGUCAGCGGCAACGUGCGAGCAUUAAUGCCACACUGCAGACAAAUGCACCUCUGGGCGUACAGGUCAAAGGAGCAUCUCGGAACAACAGUGCUUCGUUUCCAACUCCGCCCAACAGAUCCGGCGUGCCAACCGUCACGUCUUCAAUGGAGCCUCCUCAAAGCCGACAGUCGUUCGACAGUCGUCCUGGACAAGCUGACGCGAAUUUCUCCCAUCCUAAUGGGCGAGGAGACCUCUUCCAAGGCCGGGGCGAUGAGAGACCAGAUCGAUCAAGUCGGGGUCGUGGCAGUCGCGAUCCCAGUCGAGAGCCCCGAACAGAUUCGAACGAGCAGGCAUUCCGUCAGCCGCCCGCUGGGCCUGAUGAUGUGAGAGAUCGACGUGGCGGGCCACGUGAUGAUCGUCGGUCGCGCGAUGAAAGAAUGCCCCGAGACGCGCAGGCUAGGAGGGAUGUGCAGCCUCGAGACGGCCCGCAAGCUGAUCGUAGAGGAAUGCCGGAGCGUCAGCAACGUGGACCGGCAUCUGACAUGGCUGGUGGCUUCGCAGUUCCACCGCUGCCAACAGGACCUGCUCCUCCACAGCAUGAGUACGCUAGCCAGCGAGACGGACGUGGAGGCGGUGGAGGCAGGUCAGAAGGCUUCAGAGGUGGACCACUGCGACGUGAGGAUGAGAGGCGUGAUGGGAGUGUGCCUGAUGGUGGCAGGAAGCGGAGACAUGAUGAUCCGCAGUUUGACGGAAACAAGCGCCGACGCAGUGGAAGAUAG